CGGGGGGCGGGCCGCACGGCGGUGGGGGCUGCCGGGGGCGGCGGCGGUGGCGGAGAACUGGGGAGGCGGCGGCCUGGCUUGGCCUGGCCUGGCCUGUCAGGGCGCGGGUGGCGGCGGCUCCAGCACCAUGUCCCUGCAGUACGGGGCGGAGGAGGCGCCCCUCGCCGGCAGUUACGGCGCGGCGGAUUCGUUCCCAAAGGACUUCGGCUACGGCGUGGAGGAGGAGGAAGAGGAGGCGGCAGCCGCCGGCGGCGGGGUUGGGGCGGGGGCUGGCGGAGGUUGUGGCCCGGGGGGCGCUGACAGCUCCAAGCCGAGGAUUCUGCUCAUGGGGCUCCGGCGCAGCGGCAAGUCCUCCAUCCAGAAGGUGGUGUUUCAUAAAAUGUCACCCAAUGAGACCCUCUUUUUGGAAAGUACCAACAAGAUUUAUAAAGAUGACAUUUCCAAUAGCUCCUUUGUGAAUUUCCAAAUAUGGGAUUUUCCUGGGCAAAUGGACUUUUUUGACCCAACUUUUGACUAUGAGAUGAUCUUCAGGGGAACAGGAGCAUUGAUAUAUGUCAUUGAUGCACAGGACGACUACAUGGAGGCUUUAACAAGACUUCACAUUACUGUUUCUAAAGCCUACAAAGUUAACCCAGACAUGAAUUUUGAGGUUUUUAUUCACAAAGUUGAUGGUCUGUCUGAUGAUCACAAAAUAGAAACACAGAGGGACAUUCAUCAAAGGGCCAAUGAUGACCUUGCAGAUGCUGGGCUAGAAAAACUCCACCUUAGCUUUUAUUUGACUAGUAUCUAUGACCAUUCAAUAUUUGAAGCCUUUAGUAAGGUGGUGCAGAAACUCAUUCCACAGCUGCCGACCUUGGAAAACCUAUUAAAUAUUUUUAUAUCAAAUUCAGGUAUUGAAAAAGCUUUUCUCUUUGAUGUUGUCAGCAAAAUCUACAUCGCAACAGACAGUUCUCCUGUGGAUAUGCAAUCUUACGAACUAUGCUGUGACAUGAUUGAUGUUGUAAUUGAUGUGUCUUGUAUAUAUGGGUUAAAGGAAGAUGGCAGUGGAAGUGCUUAUGACAAAGAAUCUAUGGCAAUUAUCAAGCUGAAUAAUACAACUGUCCUUUAUUUAAAGGAAGUGACUAAAUUUUUGGCACUGGUCUGCAUUCUUAGGGAAGAAAGUUUUGAACGAAAAGGUUUAAUAGACUACAACUUCCAUUGUUUCCGGAAAGCUAUUCAUGAGGUUUUUGAGGUGGGCGUGACUUCUCACAGGGGCUGUGGUCACCAGACGAGUGCCCCCAGCCUGAAAGCAUUGACACACAAUGGCACACCGCGAAAUGCCAUCUAGCCUGGCCAUCAAACAUGAAUUCCAGCGGUCGGGGCUCUGUGCCUGCUUCCUCUUCACUCCAGGGUCAGAUGCCACAUGCUACAGGACAUGGGAGAUGCCGCUUGUGGGAACCUGGUGCCUGUUCCACUGGAGACCAUGGGUAGAGGUUCUCAUUUGGAUGAAAACCCCUUCAACCAGUGGUGUACAACUGAAGCUACUAUUUCUUUUAUUUUUCUUUUUAUUUUAAAGAAAGGCAAAAAAGAAUUCUAGAUAACAUAAAACUCAAGUGUGCAUUUCUCCUCUUUGGGGUCCUACUUUAAGUAGUUGGGACAUUUUGGACCUGGAGAUAACCCAUCUUUACCAGGGGAUGUUGUUAUCAUUUACCAGUUGAAAAUAAUAGAAAGAACUGAGUUUUUAUAUACUUAUGUUUUCAUUUUGAGUAGUGUCUAAAAAUCCUGCCUUGCAUAAGUUCUAACACUGCCUCUCAGAUUUCAGUUUUGGACAUUGCAUACUUAAGAUCUUUUAAAUGUGUUUGCUUGCUAACUCAGAGACUCAUGCUCUGACUGCAGCAAAGGACAUUCCUGUAUUUGUUACUGAAGAAAUGAGAAAAUUUUAUGCUGCAUCAGGUCAAGUGCAAGGGUCAACAGUGGCUACUGUGUUAGUUCCCUUGGAGGUAUUGAGGAAAAAAAUUUUAAAGCAGAAGAAAAUUUUUGCACAUGUGUUUUGGGUACCAGAUAAUCUGGGUUCUUUCUCCUGAAUAAGAUAAAUGAUCAUGUCAGUGUAGCAAAGGGGAUUGAAACAAUUGUUUUCCCUAUAAUCUCCUAGGGGAGGAACUCAUUAUGUCAUUGAAAUACUUAACUCAUUUUUCUUUAAACUUGAUACCAGCCGCUAUAUAUCUUUUAUUCUAAGCUAUCUAGAUUCUUUAAGUACUGCUGUCUUGUUGACCAUGAAUGACUCUUAGGCACUGGUGGACUGUCCACUGGGAUUUGGAGAGAGCACAUGGCGCCACACAUGUGUUAUUAAACAUACUUCAGUUCAUCUCCAGUAUUCUGACACCAAGUGUCAACUGUGGUACUUUCUUUUGUCCAGGAUAUUAAUUCUCAGUUGUUUCUGUUUGUUGAUGGUUGAUACCCUUUCCAUUGAUUUAAACUUACACAUUAUUUUUACUCCACAUGCCCAGUAGUCAUGUAUUCCAAAGCCACUGGACCACUUGAGUACAUAAGUGCCACUGUUUAAUGAAAUAUGUAUAUUCAGGUCUGUAAACCUAACAGUGUGACUUGGAGUGCUUCCUGCAGAUGACUCUUGACUGCUGAGUAUUUACAUGGACCAUGGUGAUAUCCAAAAGAAAAAUGCUUUUAUAUUUAUAGAUUAUUUCAUUGAACUAUAUAAAAUGGGUAUCAAUAAAUGUAUUUACACCAAAACCAGUUUUUUAUUUGCCUAAGAUAUGGUGAGGUGAUGGAACAUUGGGUUUUCCCACACUAUCAUUUUAUCAUCCAUUUUUUUGUCUUUUGCUGCCUCAUAUGGUUAAUGUGGCUAUGUUUCAGGACUUCCAAGUUCUGUUCUGAUGUAGGAAUUUCAUGCCUUGUAUCCAGACAUCUCUCCUGGCCCAUUUCUGCUUAGGUCUAAGCCCAGGUGAAAAUGUUUUCUGGUUGUGGUGUUUCAUACUAACAAAUCUCACUCAUGAUGGACAAUAUCCAGGGCCUGGCAUAAUGAUGCAUUAUGUCCAAGCUAGGAAGGGCUAAGGAGGUGAGUUUAGUAGAACACCAUAUAAAACAUUUGUACCGAUUUCCAGCUUGUUCAUUUCUUCCACUUAUUGGCCUUUAAAUGUCAGUUAAAUCAAUGUUUAUGUAUAGAUGCUUAUGUAGUUAGGUUGGGUCUAAGCUGAUUGGAAUAAAGUAUACAUUAAUUUAUAGAAGGGAGGGAGGGAGAUCUUGGAAGAUCUUUAAUUUCAUGAUUGGGCUACUUUAGAAAUUCAGUUUUAAAACUGAAAUGGAAAUCACAGAAACAUUGAGAACAAAAUCUUAAAAAGACUGUCAAAUCCUGUAUCCUUUUUCAAGUUAUGAAAACAAAAGUCAGGAGGACGAAACAGCCUUGUCCAGGGUUAUAGAUGGUAUGAGACCAUAUAACUAAAGCUCCAAACCAGGAUACUGUCGUGUUGAGAGUGAAAGGGAUGCUCUCACGAAUGAUGCCAGCACAACAGAUGUACUGCACAGUCCUGGGGACACCAAGGGUGGCUAGCCUCGUCAUAGAUCUAGUUAGUGGCUAGGUGUGGCACGUAGCCCAGUGCUGCCUGCCUUCAUCUUCAGCCUCAGGCUCCCAUUGGUUGAAUGGAUGAGUGUAACAUCGUACGUAGAUACGCAAGAAAUACUAUUUCCCCCCUACUAUUACGAAAAAUUAUAAAUUCAGGGAGUGAUGGAGAAAAGGCAAAAAAUUGUGAAAUAGAAAUAAAGUGAAUGGAAAAGGAGACAACUUGGAAAGGGGAAAUGGAAGAAUCAUACUAGACUUGUUAACAAGGGUUUGCCUCCUGAUACGUUCUGCAUCCUGAUGGGUGUUUAUCUGUACAAGGCUACCUUAGAGAGCUGGGACAGAUGGUGAAACAAAACCUUUAAAAUCUUUUGCAUCAAGAUGUUUUAGCUGUUUUACACACCACUACCUCUCCCAUUCACACACAUUUAUGUAUACACAUUUAUACACACACAGACACAUAUAACGGUUUCCCAAUAUAAAAUACUGAAGGUAUUUGUGAGUUGCCUUACUUUACCUUCUACAUUUUAAGUUCUGUAUUUAUAGAAAAACAAGUGAUUUUAAAGAAAAUUCCAAUAGUUACAAGCUUUGUAGAUGGGGAAAGCAAUGUGUGUGAUUUGCGGACUCUGUUAGGGUUUUCUAUUUGUCCUGUUUUGUUUUGCAAAUGCUGAAAGUGCUUCCAAUUAUAUCCCAAGGAGAUUAUUAGCGAGUAUCGUUGUUUUCUGUCUUAGCUAGUAAUGCAACUUUAAGCAUCCAUUUUCCCCCAGAGACCUCCGAAGGAAUAUAGUCUUUACAAGGGAAUGUAGGCAGCAAGCCGUUGGGCAUAGCUGGAGUGUAUUUCCGUUAAUAGUAUCUUCCCUGAACUGCUCCUACAGAGUUGGGAGAUUGUAGAAUAUCCAGGAGGGGCAUGAAGUAUGGAUAACAACCACUAGCAAUUAUUUUAGGUGGUUUAUAUGUAUUCAUGUAGUCUUCACAAUACUUUGUGAGAUAGGUAUAUGUUCCUAUUUUGCAGACGGGGAAACAUAGGCUCAGUUGUGAAUGGUGAAGUUAGAAUCGGAAUCCAUAGUUUGAUUCUAGAACCUGCAUGUUUAAACUGCCACUUGACUUUACUUCCCUCGAAGGGAGGAGGGAGGAUUUGCUCAUGGGAUGUGUUGCAGAAAACGAAGUCGAUAGUUACAUUUUGGAAACAGCAUCCUGUAGCCUCUUCUUGGAGAUAUACUACAUAAUAUACAGUAAAAUAUUAAAGGUUCUGAGAAGACCUGCAAUAGAGAUGUCUCUACCUUGGCUUAUAGCCGAUGUUCCUAAGUAUAUUCGACCCUUUAUGAAAUGUCUAUUUAAGAAGUAUAUAAUACACUGAAGGACACUUGACUGAAAUGUUUUCAGUAGGAUUGGAAGUACAGUUUUUAUUUCAUUUUCCACGUGUCUUAAUAACCUUCAUUGAACUAGUUGAAAGAGUAAAGCUUGUGUAUUUUCACAAUGGAACUUAAUAGCUCAUGCUGAUCCUGCAGCCUGGAAUCCACUUCCCUUGGCCUGUAGAAAUUCUAUUAUCCUACUAGCUCAGCUUAACGGCCAUAUCCGUGAAAACCGACUGAUCACUUCUUCCUUUUCCCACCUCCACUCCCCUCCCCUGUACCUUCCUUGGCGGGUGGAUGGGGUCUGUUCUCUGCUCCAAUCACUUGCUCAGCACCAGUCCUUGUAGGUAGUGAUGGGGGAGGCAUGUUUUGCUACUCUAGCAUUUCCUCAAUAUCCCGUAUGUUGAAGAAAACCCGUGCUCACUUAAAUCGUCUCGCAUUGCAGCUUUGAUGUGAAGGCAGGGGUGCCUUUCUGGUCUGGGCAGUAGCUUGUCUAGCUUUUCGCCUGGUUUGGCUGUAGUGUCCAGUUCGUUAGUGUUUGACCUCUAGGUGGCGGUGUUGUAUUAUUUAACGCGGCUUCUAGCUUUCAGGCUCCCGCACAUUUGCUCUGUUAACGAAAGUUUAAAAUGCCCUUGUCACCCAAGUGUACACCGAACUUAGAGAUGCAAAGAAUUGCUGAUAUUAUUUCCCUUGACAAAUCAGGACUGAUUUGAGACUAUAUAGGAAGGGUGGCAAUUUGCGAUUUUCCCUUUUGGUAUGUUGUCAGCUUUUUAACAAGGGGUUGGAUAGGACAGUCAUAACAUCAUUUGCUUCAUCGAUUAUGGUUUCCAUGGGGACCUUAAGAAGACCACUCUAUCCACAUUCCUGUAGCAGGCAGAACUGUUUGCUCCCUAAGCAUCUGUUGUACAUGUAUGUUCUCUUCAAUGCUCCCAUGUAAAGAAAUGCCAUAUAUUUGAAUUAAA